UGGACAGACAGUGUGUAGUGGAGACGCUAUUAACCCAACCCACACACAAAAGCCGCAAAGGACGAUGCCACACACACUCCGUCCCAACAAGCUACUCUUCUUCUUCUUCUACCUCCUCACCCCUACCCAUUCUCUCUCUCUCUCUCUCUCUAGCUAGCUAGAGCAGCAACCAACCAUGGAGCCUUCCCCCGACGCGCCACGCGCCGGGGCAGCGGAAGAGCAGCCUGGUCCGUCCUCCUCGGCGUCGGCGCCGGCGCCCGCGGCGUCGUCGAACGAAGAAGAAGGGAGACAUCAGUCGCAGGCGCAGCAGCAGGUGCAAGAAGCGCAGCCGCAGCCGCUGGCGCAGCAGGCGCCGGCGGCGGCGGGGCUGAGCAGGUACGAGUCGCAGAAGCGGCGGGACUGGAACACGUUCCUGCAGUACCUGCGGAACCACAAGCCGCCGCUGACGCUGCCGCGGUGCAGCGGCGCGCACGUCAUCGAGUUCCUCAAGUACCUGGACCAGUUCGGGAAGACCAAGGUGCACGCCGACGGGUGCGCCUACUUCGGCGAGCCCAACCCGCCGGCGCCGUGCGCCUGCCCGCUCCGCCAGGCGUGGGGCAGCCUCGACGCGCUCAUCGGCCGCCUCCGCGCCGCCUACGAGGAGUCCGGCGGCCGCCCGGAGUCCAACCCCUUCGCCGCCCGCGCCGUCCGCAUCUACCUCCGCGAGGUCCGCGAGGCGCAGGCCAAGGCGCGUGGGAUCCCCUACGAGAAGAAGCGCAAGCGUGGCGCCGCCGCCGCCGCCGCCGCCCCUCCCGUCGUCGUCGCGCCGCCCCCCGUCGUCACCGCGCCCGACGACGCCACCGGGACGUCGGGAGGCGCCGGCGAGGACGACGACGACGACGAGGCCACCCACUCCGGCGAGCAGCAGGACACCACGCCGGCGGCCUCUCCUACUACUCCUCCGGCAACAAGUGUCGGUACUACCACCGCGGCGGCGACUGCGGCGGCGGCGAAGGGAAGUGCGGCGAAAGGAUCGGCGACGAGUUCGUGAUAAGUGUAGAGAAAUCAUUUGCCUCCCUUUCAAUCCCCUCAUCACCCUCCAAAUUCUAAUCCCCUGCAGCAUCAUCAUCAUCAUCUUAAUUUUUAGUGGUUGAUUAAUUAUUAUGAUUAUUACUGUUAUUAUUUGUUGGUAUGAGAGUGGAGAGGCCUAAUUAAGGGGGUUUGUAGGAUAAUGUUAGGAUCGAGUACAUAAAAGGCUGCUAAAUUAACAUGCAGAAAAUUUCAAUUUGAAGAAAUAAGAGGAAGACAACUUUCUCUUCGCCGUCAUCGACAGAUCGAUCUCCAAUUAUAUUCUUUCUGUUCAUAUAUAUAUUUGAGGUGAUCAAUCUUUAUUAACUUAAUUGUUGUC